UUAAAUAUUUAAAUCUAUGACGUCGUUAACCUCUGCAUGGGGUGGAUAAUAUAUGAUUUUGGCAUUAAAUACAAGCUUAAAGCUAGAUAAUUCUUUAAUGUUCUCAUUUUUUUUUUAAAUAAAGAUCUUACAACAUCCGAGUUACCAUAAAGUUCUAUUUUUUAUGAAGUGAUCGGUCGAGUGAUUUAUUUAUUUAUUUAUUAUUAUUAUUUUUUUCUUUUAUGUAGCCCACCCACGUUACAAAAGUGGGUUACGUAUCUGACAUUCUAGUAACACUUUUUCAUGUUACGUUCUACAAAACGUAAACUCCCACCUAACCAACUCACUAGACUUUAAUCUCAGUGCGUGCCAAUUUUGACCCGUUAUGACAUAAAUCGAUUCUUUUAUGGUAGUUGAACCUAAAUUAAUUUACAAAAACUCAUUCAAUAGGCUAGUUUUGGUUCAGCAUUUGAUUUUUAAACUGAAGUAUUAGUUACGAGUUUAAAUUAACACAAAUCACCGCUCGUUAUCUAAGCUUGUAUGACUCAUCGGAUUGUGUCUCAAUCUUAUCGAAAUCUUUAUAAUUUCUGAGUAAAAUGUAUGUUUUUUUCUAUAAAUUAUUCACUAAGCUGCGUACAUCUCUGGCUAUGCUUAUUGUUUGGCUUCUCUCCAGUCUAUUAUUAUGCGUCUUUUUACAUGAAGGUCAUGGCUUGUCGCGCUUUACGUUUUUGUGAAAUUGUAACAAAGCAUUGGAGGUAUCUGGAGACUUUUACCUGUUUACACGUGUGUAGUUCGUGCAGGAAUCGUUACAAACCACGCGCCAAUAAAUAUGUCGUUGACCUGUUUGAAGAUUUAAGAGAUGGACAUAAUCUUAUUUCCCUGUUGGAAGUUCUCUCGGGCGAAUUAUUGCCUAGAGAAAGGGGGAAGAUGCGGUUUCACAUGUUACAAAAUGUACAGAUAGCAUUGGAUUUUUUACGUUAUCGAAAAGUAAGUAUUUAGUUUCUGUAUUAAUUACUUAAAGUUUUCAUUGUUUUUUUAAUAGAUGCAAUAUUCAAAAGGCUUAAUUUAUUAUAUAAUAUGUAAUUUAAAAAUAAAAUUUUUAAUAAAUUUUAUAUUAGAAUAUUAUCAAGAAUUAUGUAUAUACUGUUGUAUUGUUAAACUCUGGAUGACUUUCAUACUUAUUCUGAUAUUAUACAAGAUCAUCGAUAGGUGUGAGCUGGUGAUUUAGGAGCCAGUAAUGCUUCCCACCCGAUAUUUUUAUUAACAGAAAAUAAAAUCUUUAAGACUGCUUUUUAUUAAUAAAGAAGCAUUAUUACAUAUUUCAUUUGUUCAAAAAAACAUGGCAAAAGAGGCCACAUAUAAGCUUUCGUCCAUUUUAUUUAUAUUUUGGCAUUAAUAGUGGAUACAGUUAUAAUAAGCAUAAAUAUACACAGUCGAAUUGGUAAAAAUGUCAGCUUGAGGAGGCUGGAUUCGAGCCCAAGUCGGAUUCUUAGAACGUUUUAAUGAAUGGUUUCUAAGCUCCGUCUUAUGAGGAGCAAAAGGGAUGCUUUCUUAAUAUCCACAGGUUGGAAAACAUUAAAAAAUAAAUACCGCAAUUAGGGGUUCAUUUUUCUAUAAACAGCGUGGAAUGAAACAGACAA